GUCACCGGUUGUGUUUACGUGUAAAAAUUAAUAAAAACCGGAUUUGUUAAGUAAAUAUAUGGGAUUUUAAAGAAAUUAUAUAAUAAAUAGUUUCUAUAGGUAUUUUUGAGGAACUCAAGGUGAUUUUGAUGGAAUAAUCUAUGAGAAAGUUAUAAUUAUAAUAUGGGGGUACAAUCAAUUUUGGGUCGUAGACAAAGAACUAUAAGAGCUUUCUGCUUAGUCCUAGUAGUUCUAGUAUUAUUUUACUUACUCUCAACAUAUGAUAAAGAUAAAGGUUACAAUUUAAACUUGCCGAUAUCGCAAAAAUUGCACAGUGAAAGACCAAAGCUUGUGAAAGGUUUGGGUAAUUUUGAACCUAAAGAAAUUGAAGAUAGAGACGGUCCAGGCGAGAAAGGUUUAGCUCAUAAUUUAAGACAUGACCAACAAAAUGAUGCUGAUCAAUCUGAGUCUGAAUAUGGAAUGAAUGUAGCAUGUUCAGAUGAAAUCUCUUUAGAUCGUACAAUAUUAGAUACCCGACUACAGGAGUGCAAGCACUGGGAUUACCCUUAUAACCUUCCAUCAACAAGUGUGAUAAUUGUAUUCCACAACGAAGGCUGGAGUGUUUUACUUCGAACAGUUCACUCAGUUCUCAACCGAACCCCAAAACACAUCCUCAAAGAAAUCCUGUUGGUCGACGACUUUAGCGACAAAGAAAAACUCAAAAACGACCUCGACGACUAUCUAGAACAGUUCAACGGAAAAGUGAGGUUAAUCCGGAACACUCAAAGAGAAGGAUUGAUUCGCACAAGGUCAAGGGGGGCGCAGGAGGCUCACGGAGAGGUUAUCGUGUUUUUGGACGCGCAUUGCGAGGUUAACACCAAUUGGUUGCCUCCACUAUUGGCCCCCAUUUAUAGGGACAGAAAAAUUAUGACCGUUCCGAUCAUCGACGGUAUUGAUCAUAAAACGUUCCAGUACAAGCCUGUUUACGGGCAGGACAGGCAUUUUAGAGGUAUUUUUGAAUGGGGCAUGUUGUACAAGGAAAACGAAGUCCCUAGACGUGAAUUAAAAACCAGAGAACACAACAGUGAGCCCUACAAAAGUCCCACACAUGCUGGAGGGCUGUUUGCUAUAGAUCGCAAGUACUUUUUGGAGUUGGGAGCUUAUGACUCUGGUCUAUUGGUGUGGGGCGGUGAAAACUUUGAGCUCUCCUUCAAAAUUUGGCAGUGCGGUGGCGGUAUCGAAUGGGUACCCUGCUCGAGGGUAGGUCAUGUGUACCGUUCCUUCAUGCCGUAUAAUUUCGGAAAGUUAGCUCAAAAAAAGAAGGGGCCGUUGAUAACGAUAAACUAUAAGAGAGUUAUCGAGACGUGGUUCGACGAGAAGUACAAGCAAUUCUUUUAUACCAGGGAGCCUACUGCUAGGUUUUUGGAUAUGGGUGACAUUACUGAACAACUUGAGUUAAAGGAUAGGUUGAAGUGUAAGAGUUUUUCAUGGUACAUGGAGAAUGUCGCUUACGAUGUUUUGGAUCAAUUCCCCGAGUUGCCGCCCAAUUUGCAUUCAGGGGAAGUCCGUUCGGUCGCAGUAGGCAAAUGCCUGGACACCUUGGGCCACGCCCCGCCCUCUUUGAUGGCAAUCCAGCACUGCCACGGCUUCGGAAACAAUCAGCUCAUGCGCCUCAACGCUAAAGGUCAGAUCGGAGUAGGCGAGCGCUGCGUGGAAGCCGAUGCGCAGGGCGUUAAACUCGCCUUCUGUCGCCUGGGCACCGUGGACGGACCCUGGUCCUACGACGACGCUACGCACACCUUGUUGCAUAGAACGCAUAAAAAAUGCAUAGCGCUCCACCCGCAAACGAGUCAUCUGUCUUUGAUGCCUUGCGACGUUAACAACGCCUAUCAGCAGUGGAUUUUUAAGGAAGUACGGCCUAAGUAUUAAAAGGUACGGUGAAAGCCAAAUCUAUGGUUUUUACUUUUCAUUGCAAUGGAUUUGGUUUUAACUGUACCGAAAAUGUUCCUGUGGGGUUAUAUAUUUUGUAUCACCCUGUACACUACAUAUAUCACCAAGACUGGGUUAAAUAAAUAACAAUUAUCCAAUUUAUAAUAUCAAAAAGUCGUAGGUAUUAUUAGGAAAGUAUAUAAUAUAUUAAUAAGAGUAGUUCUUCCAUUAAAAAAAUCAUUCCAUAUUAAUUAUACUAAAAAGCCAAAAUAUAAGGUUUUUAUCAAGAUUUGGCCAUACAUUUGUUACCAAAACAGCUCAAAAGUCCACAUGGUUUAGGGGCAGGACUUCACCAGCUGAUUUAUUAUAUAUAUUUUAAGAUUUAAAUUUUUGAUAUAAAAUAAUUUCCUAAAAUUUUAAUUAUCAUCUGGUAAAAUUAAAAAAAGGACAUUAUUUUUGUAUAAAGUAUACUUUUUACUUUUGCAGCCAACUUUUUCUUAAAGUUCUGUAACUUUUUGUCAGAUUUUGAUGAAA